GCAUGUGUGGCUGAGUUGUCAUGAGUAAGAAAUUUCUGAAAAGCUGUAACUUGAAUUAAAUUUGUUUGUUAUCUGUUCUAUUUUUUAAUAUAAAUAAACUUUAUAGUCAGAACGCUUUGUUAGUUUACGAUCACAGCAGACAAGUGAAAAGUUAAAAACUAACAUGUCUGGUACUGACCCAAACAAUGGUGCCGCUGCUAAGGGCAGUGGCGAUAUACCGGCUGUUGACGAAUCUCAGCUGAGCGAAAAAGAAUUGAAGAAGUUGGCCAAACAGAAAGAAAAGCAAAGAGAGAAAGAAGAAAAAAUGAAGAAAUUUUUAGAGAAAAAACAGGCUCAGCAGUCUUCUAAAGAAAAUUCAUCUAAUGAGUCAAAGAAAGAGAAAAAGAAGGAAAAAGAGAAAGAGGUUAUAACGUAUGAUAUUAAAACAGAGAAAGGAGGAAAGAAAGAUACUAAUUGUGCAAUGCCUAAUUCCUACAGUCCAGCUUAUGUAGAAGCUGCUUGGUAUGAUUGGUGGGUGAAAGAGGGAUUCUUUAAAGCAGAAUAUGGCGGUCGUGAUCCAAGUAAAACUAAACCUGAAGAUAAAUUUGUGAUGGUUAUACCACCACCUAAUAUUACAGGUUCAUUACAUCUUGGUCAUGCUUUAACUAAUGCUGUAGAAGAUACACUAGCCAGAUGGCAUCGUAUGAAUGGUAAGAUGGUAUUAUGGAAUCCAGGUUGUGAUCAUGCUGGUAUUGCUACACAGGUUGUCGUAGAGAAAAAACUGAUGAGAGAACAAAAGUUAACGCGACAUGAUCUGGGUAGAGAAAAAUUUGUGGAUGAAAUUUGGAAAUGGAAGAAUGAGAAAGGUGAUCGUAUUUAUCAUCAAUUAAGGAGAUUAGGAGGAUCGUUUGAUUGGGAUAGAGCCUGUUUUACCAUGGAUCCUAAAUUAUGUAAAGCUGUAACAGAAGCGUUUGUCAGAUUACAUGAUAUGGGUCUAAUAUAUCGAAGUGUACGAUUGGUCAAUUGGUCCUGUGCCUUGAAUUCAGCUAUUUCAGAUAUUGAAGUAGAUAAAAAGGAAUUAGAAGGAAGAACAUUUUUACCUGUACCUGGUUAUAAAGAUAAAGUAGAAUUUGGUGUUCUGGUAUCAUUCGCUUAUCCUGUAGAAAAUUCAGAGGACCGUAUUAUCGUAGCUACAACGCGUAUUGAGACUAUGUUAGGUGAUACAGCUGUAGCUGUUCAUCCAAAUGAUGAGCGUUAUAAACAUCUUCAUGGCAAAUCUGUUCAACAUCCGUUCUUUGAUAGAAAGAUGCCCAUUGUUUGUGAUGAUUUCGUAGAUAUGAGUUUCGGAACAGGUGCUGUGAAGAUAACUCCAGCUCAUGAUCAGAAUGAUUACGAUGUAGGAAUGAGACUUAAGCUACCUUUCCUUACUAUUAUUGAUGAGAAAGGAAAUAUAACUGAAGAUUGUGGCCAAUUUGCUGGUAUGAAAAGAUUUGAUGCGAGGAAAGCUGUAUUACAAGCAUUAAAAGAUAAGGGUCUGUUUAUAGAGAUUAAAGAUAAUCCUAUGGUUGUACCUAUAUGUAGUCGAUCUAAAGAUGUUAUAGAACCAUUAUUAAAACCUCAAUGGUAUGUAGAUAUGAAAGAUAUGUCUAAAGAUGCUGUUGAUGCUGUUAAAAAUGGUGAUCUCAAAUUGAUUCCAGAAAUGCACAAUAAAACAUGGUACAGUUGGUUAGAAAAUUCCAGAGAUUGGUGUAUAUCACGUCAACUAUGGUGGGGACAUCGUGUUCCAGCUUAUUUUAUAAAUAUAGAUGAUCCUAACAUUCCUAAAGGAACUGAUUCUGAUGGUAGUUAUUGGGUGAGUGCCAGAUCUAAAGAAGAGGCUUUACAAAAAGCUGCUGACAAAUUCAAAGUUUCGAAAGAUAAGAUAAAACUCUCUCAAGAUGAGGAUGUAUUAGAUACGUGGUUCUCUUCAGGGUUAUUUCCCUUUUCUAUAUUUGGUUGGCCAGACCAGACACCAGAUCUAGAAGCAUUUUAUCCUGGAGCUUUGUUAGAAACUGGUCAUGAUAUUCUAUUCUUCUGGGUAGCUAGAAUGGUUAUCUGUGGUCAGAAACUCAUGGGUAAACUUCCAUUUAAAGAGGUAUAUUUACAUGCUAUGGUCCGAGAUGCACAUGGAAGAAAGAUGAGUAAAUCUCUAGGAAAUGUAAUUGAUCCAUUAGAUGUGAUACAAGGAAUAACAUUACCUGAAUUACAACAGAGGUUAGAAGAUGGUAAUUUAGAUCAGAAAGAAAUGGAGAAAGCGAAACUAGGACAGAAGAAAGACUAUCCUAGUGGUAUACCAGAAUGUGGAACGGAUGCAUUAAGAUUUGCUCUAGUAGCUUAUACGUCACAAGGUCGUGAUAUUAACCUGGAUGUUCUUAGAGUUCAAGGUUAUCGGUUCUUCUGCAAUAAAUUAUGGAAUGCGACCAAAUUUGCUUUACUCAGUCUGGGAGAAGAUUUUAAACCAACAGAAUGUUUUAAGUUAAAUGGUAAAGAAGGUGAAAUGGAUAAAUGGAUAUUAAGUCGAUUAUCAUUAGCUGUAGAAUUAUGUACAAAUGGUUUUGCUAGUUAUGAUUUCCCCGCUGUAACAACUGGCUGCUAUAACUUCUGGUUAUAUGAACUCUGUGAUUGGUACUUGGAAUAUAUGAAACCUAUUAUA